AUGAGCGAGCGUGGCGGGCAAAAAAUUAAGUGGGUUGGAGAAAAGGUCAAGGAAGUGGAUGGAACUGGUUUCAAGUUAUGGUACACAGGUAUAAACAAGAGUCAAAAUGGUAUUGAAAUUAUGAUCGAUAAAAGUUUCAGAGAUAAAGUUGUUGACGUCAAAAGGAAAGGCGACAAGAUUAUUCUAGUUAAGUUGGUAGUGGGUGAUAUAAUCUUGAAUAUCCUCAGUGUGUAUGCACCCCAAGUUGGAUUGCAACCAAAUGAUAAGAGCCAAUUCUGGGAAGACUUGGAGGAGGUUUUAAGGGGGAUACCACGAGAGGAGAAGAAUUUCUUAGGAGGAGAUCUAAAUGAUCAUGUUGGUAAAAGCAAUGGAGGUUUUGAUAGAAUUCAUGGAGAUGAUAUUGUGUUUAUUGAUGAGAACAAAGAUGAUGUUAAUAGAAAACUUGAAUUGUGGAGAAGCACAUUAGAAUCUAAAGGAUUCACGUUAAGUCGGAUCAAGACUGAGUAUUUGAAGUGUGAGUUUUCUCUGACAAGAGAUGAAGACCAAGAUCUCGUGCACCUACUGGGCCAAGAUGUACCCAAGAAAGAGGCUUUUAGGUACCUGUGA